AUGGUUUCUCCAGGUGACUAUUUUGUUUUCGACGCCGUUCGUCAGGGACUUAUAGGUCGUAUACGUGAAAUACUUGACACAGACAGUAAUAAAGUGUUGGAAAAAUUGAGUCAACGUAACGAACAAGGUGAGACGCCAUUGCAAAUGGCCAUUAGAGAAAGAAAAUUUGAAGUUAUCGAAUUCUUGGUGCAAGCCAUCAAGGAUAACAUCAAAAUCGACGAGCAUCCACGAUCGAAAUUAAUGAAACAUAUGUCGCUUUUCUCGUGGGAUAGAGUGGAUUUGGAUAAAUUUUCGAUUGGUCCGGCAGAAUUUGGCAAGGAAUACACUCAAACGUUCGUACUGCCAUCACCCGAAGUCGCCAUUAUCCGGGACAUCGCAGAACAGACUUCCAUUUACAAACUCAUGGAAUAUCUGAUCGACGUUGUCGACGACGAGCUUUCGUGGUUCGAGUUUGUUUUAAACUCCAUAGCGGCCAGCAACAUGUCACGUCCUGAAAAGAUUAUAGCAUUUGAAUUAAUGGGCGCUGCCUUCAUUUUGAAAAUACCUUUAACGGAGCAAUUCGAGCCGGAUGAAAUUGCCGUAGGUUUGCGUGGGUUGAAAUGCUGGAAGAGGGCGUUAGAACUCCGGAAUUCGACAGCCAAUAGACGGAUGCCUAUCCCGAAAAUUCCAUAUGUCCUGACAGAUACUGCCCGUAGGGCGAUUGGCGAUGCGGUUGAAAUUACGACACUUAAAGAGCUGAAAGAAUUGGAACAACAACUAAAAUGCCAUAAUGGCAUAUCCGACACUGUUAUCCAAGCUCUUCUCGUGAUUCAGCGGACGUUCGGACAAAGAAAACCUUACGAAGCAGAGCCGAACUUGUUUCACCUCAAAACAUUGCAAGAAUUCGGGGAACACUUUUUGUUGACUGGAAACGUCAUCCAAAAUACGCAGAUGCAUCACAGGCACGCCAUCAACAUUUCCCUUCUUCUUAUGGAACAGUUCAGUCGACCAGAUUCUCCCAGAUGUUUCCAAGUAUUCAUUGAAACUUUUCUGUUCUUCUCAGACAUCCUAAUAGUUCUGGAACGCAGCCCGUUCGACUCUGCAGAGAGAUCAGAAGAAUUAACGUUCGCCAAUCUCCUAGCUGCCAUUGAAUUUGGAUCGAUGAUUGCAACACAUUUGAUAUUACUACCUCCAGUCAGCAUUCAGCAUGGCCAAUGGCGGCAUUCCGUUAUGAAGAAAAUGCAUUUACUGAUAAUCAUCCUGUUGACGACUUUCAACUUGGACAGGGACGAGGACGAUCGAUUAAAUCUUGUCCUUGCAAAUUUCUUUCGCAUUGAAAAAUUACGUUCCGGAUUCUCCAGUAUUCUUCACCUGGCAAUUGACAAGUUUUUAUCAACCAAUGCGGAUCAUCUAAUGCAAAUAAUUAUCAUUCAAAAAUACCUUGCCACUGGAGCCGACCCUAAAGUUGUCGAUGAAAACGGAAAAUCUCCUCUUCACAUCUUAGCCGAACAGUGUACUCCACAUUCGAAGGAAUCGUUUUUUAACGUUUUCCAGACAUUGUUGGAUGCUGGAUGCCACUUGGAUCAGGCGGCGCCAGAUGGAGAAACUGUUCUCAGUAUUUUACGAGUAAAGAAAAAACAACUCAAAUCCAACGAAAAUUUUGAUGCUAGAGUUGAUAUGUGGACGAAAAGUGUGUUACCUUUGAAGUGUUCUUGCGCUCAAGUCAUACGAAAAGAAAGCAUCAAAAUUGAUGGACAAGAGCAUGAACUUCCACUGAGCGUCCAUCAAUUCAUUGAACAGCAUUGCGCCUGUAAAAGUAAAAAGCACCGUGAAUAA